UCCCUCCCCUUCAGAUCUACAGUUGUGAAGAUGGGUGUAACCGACAUGGUGGUGCAGUGAGAGCUGACAGGCUGCAUUCAGUGCACAUGUUGUUUAGAUCAGAGCUCAAACUAGUUUCACUUCUCAGGAAGUGAGACUCAGACAGUCAUCAUCUCUACUGAGAGGUGAAAUGGCGCAGCAAGGAGUUCAGCUGGACCACGAAAGGUUCUCUUGUUCCAUCUGUCUGGAUCUACUGAAGGAUCCGGUGACUACUUCCUGUGGACACAGCUACUGCAUGAACUGUAUUAAAGGCUUCUGGGAUGGAGAGGAUGAGAAGAAGAUCUACAGCUGCCCUCAGUGUAGGCGGACCUUCACACCGAGGCCUGUCCUGAUGAAAAACACCAUGUUAGCAGAUUUAGUGGAGGAACUGAAGAAGACUGGACUCCAAGCUGCUCCUGCUGAUCACUGCUAUGCUGGACCUGAAGAUGUGGCCUGUGAUUUCUGCACUGGGAGGAAACUGAAAGCCUUCAAGUCCUGUCUGGUGUGUCUGGCCUCUUACUGUGAGAAACACCUCCAGCCUCAUUAUGAUGUGGCUCCAUUAAAGAAACACAAGCUGGUGGAGCCCUCCAAGAAGCUCCAGGAGAACAUCUGCUCUCGUCACGACGAGGUGUUGAAGAUGUUCUGUCGUACUGAUCAGCAGUGUAUCUGUUAUCUCUGCUCUGUGGAUGAACAUAAAGGCCACGACACCGUCUCAGCUGCAGCAGAAAGGACCGAGAGGCAGAGAGAGCUGGAGGUGAGUCGACUCAACAUCCAGCAGAGGAUCCAGGACAGAGAGAAAGAUGUGAAGCUGCUCCAACAGGAGGUGGAGGCCGUCAAUCGCUCUGCUGAUAAAGCAGUGGAGGACAGUGAGAAGAUCUUCACCGAGCUGAUCCGUCUCAUGGAGAAAAGAAGCUGUGAUGUGAAGCAGCAGGUCAGAUCCCAGCAGGAAACCGAAGUGAGUCGAGUCAAAGAGCUUCAGGAGAAGCUGGAGCAGGAGAUCACUGAGCUGAAGAGGAGAGACGCUGAGCUGAAGCUGCUGUCACACACAGAGGAUCACAACCAGUUUCUACUCAACUACCCCUCACUGUCACCGCUCAGCGAGUCUACACACUCAUCCAGCAUCAAUAUCCGUCCUCUGAGCUACUUUGAGGACGUGACGGCGGCUGUGUCAGAAGUCAGAGAUAAACUACAGGACGUUCUGAGAGAGAAAUGGACAACCGUCUCUCUGAGAGGGACUGAAGUGGAUGUUUUACUGCCACAACCAGAGCCCAAGACCAGAGCUGGAUUCUUACAGUAUUCACGAGAAAUCACACUGGAUCCAAACACAGCAAACACACAUCUGUUAUUAUCUGAGGGGAACAGAAAAGCAACAUUAAUGAGAGAACAUCAGUCUUAUUCUAGACACCCAGACAGAUUCACUGAUUAUUGGGAACAGGUCCUGAGUAGAGAGAGUCUGACUGGACGUUGUUACUGGGAGGUGGAGUGGAGAGGGACAGGAGUUUAUGUAGCAGUCGUAUACAAGAGUAUCAGCAGAGCAGGGGGGGGUGAAUGUAGAUUUGGACUCAAUGACAAAUCUUGGGUGUUAUAUUGUGACAUUAGCAGUUAUACAUUUUGGUACAACAAUGUUCAUACUCCCGUCUCAGGUCCUCCGUCCUCCAGAGUAGGAGUGUACCUGGAUCACAGUGCAGGUAUUCUGUCCUUCUACAGCGUCUCUGAAACCAUGACUCUCCUCCACAGAGUCCAGACCACAUUCACUGAGCCUCUCUAUGCUGGACUUGGGCUUUAUGGUUAUGGAACCAAUGCUGAGUUGUUUAAACUGAAAUAGACAGAAGUCAUUU